AUGGGGUCCUACGACAACCGUUCCACGACGCUGGCAACAGAGUUGGAUUGUCCAGGAGUUCGAAUUGCAGUUGACCGGGGAGGCACCUUUUGUGACUUCUGGGCGCGAAUUCCUGGGCGGGAGGAUGCACUGGUAUUUAAACUUCUCUCAAAUGCUCCUGAUCAGUACGAGGAUGCCCCUACGGAAGGCAUUCGAAGGAUACUUGGCAUCGCCAGGGGCGAAGAAAUCCCAAAGGGCACUCUCAUCGAUCUCGAUGGAGUCGAGUCUAUUCGCAUGGGCACAACGGUCGCCACCAAUGCACUCCUCGAAAGACAGGGCGAGCGCGUGGCUCUGAUGAUAACCAAGGGAUUUCACGACUUGUUGGUCAUUGGAAAUCAGGCUCGGCCCCAUCUGUUCGACCUGUCCAUCACCAAGCUUGAUGUGCUGUAUGAGACGGUGGUCGAAGUCGAUGAGAGAGUCACCGUGGAAGGCUUCUCUGAAGACCCCGAUCCGUUGCCUAUCGACGUGAGCUCAGAUGUCGGGCUCGUGGAAGGUUUAACAGGCGAGGCAAUCCGCAUUCUCAAGCGACCUGAUCUGGACGCGGUUACCAAAGACUUGCACGGGCUUUGGAAAGAGGGCUAUCGAGAUAUCGCACUGGCACUGCUCCACUCAUACGCCUAUCCGAAUCAUGAAGCAGCCAUUGCCAAAAUCGCCCGCAGCAUGGGCUUCAACGUCUCCGUCUCAUCCGAGUUACAGCCUAUGAUCAAGAUCGUGCCUCGAGCUCAGUCAGCGACGGCAGAUGCCUAUCUGUCCCCGGUCAUUACGCGGUAUUUGAACAGCUUUCGAACCUCCUUCAAAGGUCACCUUCUCGACAAAAACGCAAACAAGUUCCUCCUCUGCCAGUCUGAUGGCGGACUAACCCCCAUCAACGCAUUCACAGGCCUUCGAGCCAUCUUGUCAGGGCCAGCAGGCGGUGUUAUUGGCUGUGCGAAGACUUGCUUUGACCACGAGUCACGCACGCCCAUCUUAGGCUUCGACAUGGGAGGCACGAGCACGGACGUUUCACGGUUCAGCGGGGAGUUUGAACAUGUGUUUGAAACAACGACGGCCCAAGUGACCAUCCAAACACCUCAACUAGAUGUUCAGACUGUCGCCGCUGGUGGAGGGAGCCGGCUCUUCUACAGCAAUGGCCUCUUUGUAGUCGGGCCAGAAUCCGCCGGGGCUGAUCCUGGACCCGCGUGUUAUGCAAAGGGGGGGCCACUCACAAUCACCGAUGCGAACUUCUUCCUCGGGCGCAUCUUGCCAGAUUAUUUUGCUCGUCCCUUGGACAUGGCCGUGGUGGAGAAGCGGUUCCUGGAAUUGACCACCGAAAUCAACUCGCAAAGACAAGAUGUCUUGACCCCCGAGCAGGUUGCCAUGGGGUUCUUGCAGGUCGCCAACGCUGCCAUGACUCGCCCGAUUCGCUCUCUCAGCGAGGGCCGCGGGUUUGAAACCUCUUCUCAUCAUCUCGUCUGCUUCGGAGGCGCCGGUGGCCAACACGCCACUGCCAUGGCACGGGAUCUGGGUAUCAAGCGAGUCAUCAUCCAUCGAUAUUCGAGCAUCUUGUCGGCGUACGGCAUGGCUCUGGCAGAUGUCGUUGUCGACCUUCAGGAGCCCGAGUCUGUCGUUUUCUCUUCGGCUGCCGCUCAAAGGAUCCAAGGACGUCUCGAGGUGUUGAAGGAGCGGGCGAUAGGCCAGCUGGUUUCCCAGGGUUUCCCAGCCGACAGAAUUACCUGCGAGAGCUAUCUUAAUAUGCGUUACCGCGGCAGUGACAGUUCUCUCAUGAUCCAGUCGAGUCCCGAUCAAGGGUUUGACACAACUUUUAUAACCCGGCACAGGCGCGAAUUUGGGUUUGACCAGCCGCGAGAAAUCCUGGUCGACGACAUUCGGGUCCGAGGAAUAGGAAAGGGAAUGGAUCUCCCCACAACCAGUCCGUUUUCUGAGCUGAAUCAGAUCCAGGAAUCAUCGAUCCCAACGCCAGAACUGGGUGAGCAAUUCGUUCGAAAAGUGUAUUUCGAGAAGCAGGGCUGGGUGGAUGCCAAAAUCUACCAUCUCAACACCACCCCGAAAGGCACGCGACUGCGUGGUCCAGCCCUGGUGGUCGAUGAGACGCAGACAAUUGUCCUCGACCCCGACAGUCAGGCAAGCGUUUUAUCCGAGCACGUUGUCAUCGAAUUGCUGGAUACAAAGGAUGCGGAUAUCGGGAUCGAGGAGAUCGACCCUAUUCGCCUCUCUGUUUUUGGUCAUCGAUUCAUGAGUGUUGCCGAGCAGAUGGGAGAGACACUCCGGAAAACCUCAAUCUCGACCAACAUCAAGGAACGUCUCGACUACAGUUGUGCAGUAUUUGACGCCAGUGGCAGACUUGUUGCCAACGCACCCCAUAUUCCGGGUCACUUGGGUUCCAUGAGCUACGCAAUCCGCUAUCAAGCCGAACGCUAUGCCAAAGGUGAACUCAAGCCUGGCGACGUUCUACUCGCUAAUCAUCCCUGCGCGGGUGGCACGCAUCUCCCCGACCUUACGGUGAUAACACCCGUCUUCGAUGAUGAUGACCACCCCAAUGACAUCCUCUUUUUCGUCGCCAACCGAGGUCACCACGCGGACAUUGGCGGAAUGGCGGCAGGUUCGAUGCCACCCAAUUCCACCGAGUUGUGGCAGGAAGGCGCCGCCAUCGAGUCUUUUAAGCUGGUCAAUCAAGGUGUGUUUGACGAGGAGGGUUUGAUAAACCUCUUAUUUGAGGUCCCCGGCAAAUACCCGGGCUGUUCUGGUACACGGACUUUGAAGGACAACAUCGCAGAUCUCAAGGCCGGGAUUGCCGCCAACCAGCGAGGCAUCAACCUCAUCCACGGACUCAUUCACGAAUAUACGUGGCCUGUCGUCGAGUUCUACAUGGACGGGAUUCAGAAGAAUGCCGAGAACACCAUCCGUGCACUCCUCAAGGUGUUCAGCAAGAGAUUUCGAGGACGGCCCCUGCGCGCCGUUGACCAUCUCGAUGACGGGACGGCUCUCGUUCUGAACAUCACCAUCGAUCCCCACGAUGGUUCUGCCAAGUUCGACUUCACCGGGACCGGGCCAGAAGCCUGGAACAAUCUGAAUGCUCCUCCAGCGAUCAUGUUCAGUGGUAUCAUGUACUGCCUUCGGACGAUGGUGGCUGCGGACAUCCCGCUGAACCAGGGCUGUCUGACGCCGAUCGAGGUCAUCUGUCCACCGAAUUCAAUCCUCAAGCCAAAUUUGAAGGCAGCGACGGUCGGCUCCAACGUCGAGACCUCGCAGCGGAUCGUGGACGUCAUCUACAAGGCCUUCCGCGUUGCCGGAGCCAGUCAAGGAACGUGCAACAACUUGACAUUCGGCUACGGUGGCACCGACGACAAGGGCAGUGUUGUCAAGGGGUUCGGGUACUACGAAACCAUCGCUGGAGGCUCGGGUGCCGGAGCCGACUGGGACGGUCAGCAUGGAGUUCACACGCACAUCACGAACACACGGAUGACGGACCCAGAAACGUUGGAAAAGCGGUACCCGGUCUUGCUGCGCGAGUUCUCCAUCCGGGCCGGCAGUGGCGGCGCCGGCCGUCACCGCGGAGGCGACGGUUGUGUGCGAGACAUCGAGAUCCGCCGCCCGAUGCAGGUCAGCAUUCUAUCCGAACGACGUGUCAUUGCCCCCUACGGCAUGGCCGGCGGGGAGGAAGGCGCGCGGGGGAUCAAUCUCUGGAUUCGACAUGACCCGGACGACCGCUCCACCAGAACCAUUAGCCUGGGUGGUAAGGCAAGUGUGGAUAUGAAUGUUGGCGACCGCAUCGUUGUCCUGACGCCAGGUGGUGGCGGUUAUGGCGUCUCGCCGGAUAAAGUCGCGGAACCCGAGUUGGAGACUGAAUUCACAAUAAAAGACCGGGUGAGACUGUUUUGA